AUGAGAGAGACUUGCGUGCUUGCCGCAGCGCUCGAGAACGAGAAGCAGCAUGAGCUCCAACAACAAGCGCUGCGUAAAAAACACGGCAAAUCUCUACACAAGCACGUGAGAACUCAGAUCUCCUACAGGUAGGUCUAACGGUUUAAUUUACAAAAUUACAAAAAUACAUUAUCUGUUGGUUUUCCCCAGUGUUGAAAUGGGUUACGCGCUCACAAACUACAGGCUGCAAUAGACUGCCUGCUCUGCGGAUGUCGAGAACACAGUGCUGUCCCCACUGAGAACGAAAUUGGAUACCAUAUUAUUUGGAUGAAGAUUGCAGUCACAGAAGUAACUGAUAACAUCAUGCUACAUUGCUUUUGCAUCUGAUAAGAAGAUGCCUUAACCUUUCUCCAUUUGAAUCCACACAAAAAUCCCCAUAUACCAAUUAACCAAUUGCUCCCCGAGUGAUAGCCUAUCAAAUUGCUACAUCACAUUAUAUCCUAAAUAUUUUCUCAAAUGUGCAAAUGCAGAUGGUUGAACUGGUUGGUUUAAACACUUGUGCACUGUCUGAAGUCACCCCUGCUCUUCCGGGGGGGUUGUCCCCUUUGCAUUCCAAAAGACACACUUAUGACCUCAUGCCAACCACUUGGAUAUCACCAUAGCCCCUUUUGCUGUCCCAUUUGUAAAUCUUUGAUUAUUAAGGUUCUUUCAUACCCCCUUGGAAUUCAGCCUGGUCUCAUAGACUAGACGUAACAUAGUAAACGGAAAAACCGAGAUGCUCAAAUUAGUUUGGUAUGUAGGGUGGUUGGUCGGGGUGGGUGUAUAACGCAAACGUCUAGCAACCCAAAGGUUGCGAGUUCGAAUCUCAUCACAGACAACUUUAGCAUUUUAGAUAGUUAGCAACUUUUCAACCACUUACUACUGUUUAGUUACUUUGCCACUACUUAGCAUGUUAGCUAACCCUUCCCCUAACCUUAACCCUUUUGGCUAACUCUUCCCCUAACCCUAACCUUAACCCUUUUAGCUAACCCUUACCCUAACGUUAACCCUUUAACCUAACACAUAAACUUAAUCCUAACCUUAACCCUAACCCCUAACCCUAAUCCCUAACCCUAACCCCUAGCCUAGCUAACUUACCCACCUAGCUAGAGUUCAUAACAUAUCAUCAAUUUUGCAAAUUCGUAACAUAUUGUACAUUUUACAAUUUCAUAAUAUUUAAUACGAAUUGUAAUUCGUAACAUAUCAUACGAAAUGGGUGAUGAACAAAUUAAUACAUACCCAUGCAAAAUGUAACAUAUCAUACAAAAUGGAGUGUAGGAUAUUUACGUACAGAAUAAUACGAAAGGCUCUGAGACCAGGUUGUGUAAUUAGGUCUAUGUCUCUAGGGCCUUCAAACUCAACUCUGGACCUCGAAGCCAGUUCCACUGCAUUUCUUCAUUGUUUCCUCAAAUCAGGGACUGAUUUAGACCUGGGACACCAGGUGGGUGCAAUUAAGUAUCAGGUAGAACAGAAAACCAGCAGGCUCCGGACCUCGUAGGGUAAGAGUUGAGUACCCCUGCUCUAGGGUAAGCGCCUUAUACAACCUAUAGGCCUACAGACCAUGUUACACGUGGAGAGAUGUUUACGGCAUAGAGAACACCAUGACAUCUCAGAUCUCUCUCGCGGUCUUCGUUUAAAAUACCCUAAUAUCCUAAUGAUGUCUGCAAAUGUGCAGACAGAAUUAUUUAUUUAUCUUUCAUUGCCUUUUGUUUCUCUUUGACAGUUUACUAUUUCUUGGCUGCUCAAAACCUCGCUCCCCCGGGAGUGCGCUCAGCUCAACACCAUUGAGUACCCGUUGUUCGACGUUACUUUGCUCUGCAUUGGUCUAAAGAUCAAUUCAGCGUCGAGGUCUGCCUAUCAGUAGAUCACCUAUUGAUUACACAGGAAAUCUGAUUCGAUGCCAAUUAACAGAAGCAGGCUCUGUUUGUAGGAUAAUUGAUUGACAAACUUAAUUGAUUGACAUUAAGGACUGUGUCAGUUUAAAACUUGUUCAUAAAGACUUAAUACACACCAUACCUAUUCCUCUGAGAAAAUAAAAAUUCAAAUGCCAUUUAAAAUACACUAUUCCACUCAUGCAUGGUUUACAAAUGCCUUUAGAACAUAUUCGUCUUUUUUUUUUUUGUUGAACAAUAGUGAAAAGAUAACUGUUCUGAUGGUGGUUCUAGUGCAUUGGGUAAUGGACAUGACGUCAUCUAGGAAGUUUAACUCCUAGAAGUAAUUCUACAGGUGGAAGUUGGAGUAGGGGGUUAUGUAGGCCAGGGUAGAAGGGCAGGCUACUUGGCCCAAUGAAGGCAUUAGCCGAUAGGCGUUGGUGUAUUUUAAUUGUGACUUAGCCCACACGUUACACAACCACAUUUUGUACAGGGCCCCCAAAAGGUGCAAACCCACUUUUUAAUUUUUCUAUGCCACUGAACUAUUUGUGGUUAUAAUUUUACCUUUUGCUUUUCUUGUAUUAUUCCCAUACCAGAGCACCUGUGGCUGUUUUGGUGCUGGCUCUUUUCUUUGAUCAGCUUGAAUGUUAUUUAUUUAUUGAGAACAAUAUGUUAAUAAUGGCACCAUAUGGGUACACUCUGUGACCUUCCAAGUCUAUACCCCCUGCAGAGUUUAUUUGGGUUUAUUUUAUUUAUAGCCGCGAUCAUGCCAGUACAGAAGGAAAUGGGCUUACCAACCAACGGUGGCAAAGAAAAACACCAGGCAUUUGUACCCAAUUCACAGCACUUCCUUCAGCUCAUGGAGGAGAAACCCUUCCAAUCCAGUAAUAAUAACACAGUAUAUUCCGUUUUUGUAUUUGCCAUAAAUAUUCGAUUUGCGAGAUAGCAGUAGAUAGUUGUCUCAGAGCGGGAGCUAGGUUGAAACAUGACCAAGUCCAUUGUGAAAUAUUAAUACACUUUCAAAACAAACGUGAGGAAAUGUGUCUUUUGAUGUUACAUUUUUUCUUUUCUUUUUUGUAUAUAUUCUGAUAGCGUGUAAACUUGUUAGUGUGCCUUUGUGUACUUUAACAAUAGAAAAUACAAUUCCUGUGUAUUAGGGGAUUUGUAUGACCGGCAAUAACAGUUGACUUUAAGCAAAACUUGAACAAUUCAUUGUUUGCGGAAAGAGAAAAUAAACGAACUAUUGAUAAUCGGCAGAUUUGAUAAAUAUGAUUGAAAUCUUGCGGAUGCGGUUUCUGGCCAUUCUCCAGAAUAACUGCUAACCACUGGUUGUAACAGCCACCUCCCUCUCUCUCCCCCUUAGUUUUCAAAAUAGACUGCAGUGCGGAAUGUUGUUAAUUGUGAGGGUUAACAAUAUGACGAGUGUAUAAACAUUGUUUACUCAGAUGAUGUGAUAACUGCCUCCGUCCAGAAAGAGAUGUGUGAAUGGAGUGUAUGGGGCCAUAGAAUUAGAAUUAGAAUGUAUGGGGCCAUAGAAUUAGAAAUAUAAUUACAAUUAGAAUAUAUGGGACCAUAGAUUUAGAAUUAGAAUUAUAAUUAAUGGGGGCAUAGAAUUAGAAUUAGAAUGUAUGGGGCAGACAUAGAGUAGUAGAAUGAUGACAUCAGACCCCAGCCCCUCCCCUCCCCGCCCCUUCUACUCUCCUCCCUGAAAUACUCUCCAUUGGUUUCAGAACUUCACAGUUUCAAUCUGUGGCAACAACUCACAUUGUUUAUUUAUUAAUGUCAGGGUCAUUCCGCACCACUGCUUUCACAAGGAUAUUUGCUUUGAAGUGAUUGAUGGUUGAUGCUGAUUUUUACAUUAUAUUACAGGCAGACAACAGAUUGUGUGAUUAGAUGCUGUUUGUUAUGCACUAAGUAUUCUGACCAUGUAUGGCUUACUGAUGUUUGUCAUGUUGUUUCAGAUUGGUGCUACCAGUCCCAGCACACCUGUGCCACCCCUUGUAAUGGUGAGUUUUGAAACACAGUGAUGAACAAAAAAAUCUCAUGUUAAAUCUGUCCAUACAACACAGUGACUGGAUCCUCUUUUUAGCUCAUCUUUGUCAUGUCACCAUUACACGUUCAAGUUAUUUAAGGAGGGACUUGACCGUUACAGCAAUAAAUCCACUUCCUCUCCAUCUGACGACGCGUCUUGCUGUCACCCUGACGACGUGUCUUGCUGUCGCCCUGACGACGUGUCUUGUUGUCACCCUGACGAUGCGUCUUGCUGUCGCCCUGACGACGUGUCUUGCUGUCGCCCAGACGAUGUGUCUUGCUGUUGCCCUGACGACGUGUCUUGCUGUCACCCUGACGACGUGUCUUGUUGUCGCCCUGACGAUGCGUCUUGCUGUCACCCUGACGAUGCGUCUUGGUGUCACCCUGACGACGUGUCUUGUUGUCACCCUGACGAUGCGUCUUGCUGUCACCCUGACGAUGCGUCUUGGUGUCACCCUGACGAUGUGUCUUGCUGUCGCCCUGACGAUGUGUCUUGCUGUCGCCCUGACGAUGUGUCUUGCUGUCACCCUGACGACGUGUCUUGCUGUCACCCUGACGACGUGUCUUGCUGUCGCCCUGAUGACGUGUCUUGCUGUCACCCUGACGACGUGUCUUGCUGUCACCCUGACGAUGCGUCUUGCUGUCGCCCUGACGACGUGUCUUGCUGUCACCCUGACGACGUGUCUUGCUGUCACCCUGACGAUGUGUCUUGCUGUCACCCUGACGACAUGUCUUGCUGUCACCCUGACGACGUGUCUUGCUGUCACCCUGACGAUGUGUCUUGUCUCCUCACUGUUCUACAGGACCAGAGAAGUGGGAUCAUGCCAACAUAGCCUGUGGUGGCCGUGUCCAAUCCCCCAUCAACAUCGUCCACAGGAAGACCUUACCAGACGAGCGCCUCACACCCUUCCAGUUCAGACAGUACCAGGAUUCCUUCGAAGGCCUGAUCAAAAACAAUGGACACUCUGGUAUGUUUCAUUAAGGCCACUAAACAGUCUUUGCUCAUGCCUACCUGAACUCAACAAUGCUUGAUUUAAAUUAUGUCAAAAAUGUGAACAUUUGGAAAUAUGCUUUUUUACUGAAAUUGUUUACAUUCCAAGACAAAACAUUCUGUUGUUGAUCCCCCUACCCCACCACCUCCCUUUAGAAGCAUGUCGUUUCCUAGCAACAAACAUCUAGAAAGUAUUUUUGUUGUCUAAUUUCCACUGUGUCAUCCCCUCCAGUUCAGGUGAGCGUGCCCCACGAAGCCUAUGUGUUCGGUGGAGACCUGGAGACGCCCUAUAAGGCGGUGCAGUUCCACCUGCACUGGGGCAAGAACGGGGGACCAGGGUCAGAGCACACCAUCGACGGAGAGCAGUACCCCAUGGAGGUAAUGUUAUUUAGGACAGCCACUGUCUGACACACACACACACACACACACACACACACACAUCCGCGCACACACACACACACACACACACACACACACACACACACACACACACACACUUUGACAUUUUUUUUUCUUUAAAUGUUCUUAUCAGUGUGAAUCAAACAGAGGAUCACAGUCCAAUUGAAAGUGAGCUGAAACGGAGCCCAGAUGAAGGUUUUUAAAAACGACUUUUAGACUUUCUAUUGACUCUCUUUUCUACAGCUACACAUUGUUCACAUGAAACAGCAACACUCAAACUUGGGAGAUGCAUUGAAAGAUCCAUCCGGAGUUGCAGUCCUGGGAUUUUUCUAUGAGGUAAACAUUUCAAUAUGUUUGAAUGAUCUUUGCCAUAGCCAGUCAAUCUUUGACUUUGAAUGAACAUAUCCAUGGCAACACUUGUAAUACAAUGUUGAGGGUAAUGAUAUUAAACGCAUUAUAGGACCCUGCAUUUGUCUUGGAUGUGAUAUACUGUAUGUUUAUAUAUUGAGAUGUAUUUAUGUGUAUGUACAGUGCCUUCAGAAAGUAUUCACACCCCUUAUUCUACAUUUUGUUGUGUUACAGCCUGAAUUCAAAAGGAUUCAAUUGUUUGUUUUUUCUCUCAACUGUCUACACACAAUACCCCAUAAUGACAAAGUGAAAUCAUGUUUGAGAAAUAUCUGCAAAUGUAUUGAAAAUGAAAUACAUAAAUAUCUCAUUUACGUAAGUAUUUACACCAGAGUCAAUACUUUGUAGAAGCACCUUUGGCAGCGAUUACAGCUGUGAGUCUUUCUGGGUCAGUCUCUAAGAGCUUUCCACACCUGGAUUGAGCAACAUUUGCCCAUUAUUCUUUUCAAAAUUCUUCAAGCUCUGUCAAAUUGGUUCUUGAUCAUUGCUAGACACCCAUUUUCAGAUCUUGCCAUACAUUUUGGAUAAGAUUUUGCCUGUGCUUUGCUUCAUUCUGUUUAUUUUUAUCCUGAAAAACUCCCCAGUCCUUAACGAUUACAAGCAUACCCAUAACAUGCAGCCUCCACUAUGCUUGAAAAUAUGGAGAGUGGUACUCAGUAAUGUGUUGUAUUGGAUUUGACCCAAACAUAACACUUUGUAUUCAGGACAAAAAGUUAAUUGCCAUGCCACAUUUUUUGCAGUAUUACUUAAGUGCCUUGUUGCAAACAAGAUGCAUGUUUUGGAAUAUUUGUAUUCUGUACAGGCUUCCUUCUUUUCACUCUGUUAAUUUGGUUAGUAUUGUGGAGUAACUACAAUGUUGUUGAUCCAUCCUCAGUUUUUUGCUACCACAGCCAUUAAACUCUGUAAAUGUUUUAUAGUCACCAUUGGCCUCAUGGUGAAAUCCCUGAGUGGUUUCCUUCCUCUCCGGCAACUGAGUUAGGAAGGACGUCUGUAUCUUGUUGUUACUGGGUAUAUUGAUACACCAUCCAAAGUGUAAUUAAUAACUUCACCAUGCUCAAAGGGAUAUCCAAUGUCUGCUUUUUAAAAAUGUUUACUCAUCUACCAAUAGGUGCCCUUCUUUGCGAGGCAUUGUAAAACCUCCCUGGUCUUUGUGGUUGAAUCUGUGUUUGAAAUUCACUGCUCGACUGAGGGACCUUACAGAUAAUUGUAUGUGUGUGGUAUAGAGAUCAGGUAGUCAUUUAAAAAUCAUGUUAAACACUAUUAUUGCACACAGUGAGUCCAUGCAACUUAUUAUGUGACUUGUUAAGAAUUGAUUUACUCCUGAACUUUAUUUAGACUUGCCAUAACAAAGCGGUUGAAUACUUAUUGACUCAAGACAUUUCAGCUUUUCAUUUUUAAUUAAUUUGUUAAAAAAAUACAAAAAAUUGAAAAACAUAAUUCCACUUUGACAUUAUGGGUUAUAAUGCAUAGGCCAGUGACACAACAUCUUCAUGUAAUCCAUUUUAAAUUCAGGCUGUAACACAACAAAAUGUGGAAAAGGUCAAGGGGUGUGAAUACUUUCUGAAGGCACUGUAUGCUCGAGUCAUGAUUCUUAUUUUGUAACAUUGUCAGGAAUCUCUCAGUGCCAACAGAAAAUAUGAUCCCAUUGUAAAAGCUCUCCAGAGCAUCAGUACGACUGGUGAGUAUAUUUCAUAACUAAUGUAUAUGUUAUUCAGAUCCAUUUUGCUAAAGAUAUGGCAUGUAUCAUACAAUUGAUUCACAAAGCCACACUCACAGCUGGGACAUUGAAACUAGUAUCUGCUAAGAUUAGUGUAUCUUUGUACAGACGUGGUCAAAAGUUUUGAGAAUGACACAAGUAUUGGUCUUCACAAAGUUCGCUGCUUCAGUGUUAUGAGAUAUUUUAGUCAGAUGUUACUAUGGUAUACUGAAGUAUAAUUACAAGCAUUCCAUAAGUGUCAAAGGCUUUUAUUGACAAUUACAUUAAGUUUAUGCAAAGAGUCAAUAUUUGCAGUGUUGACCCUUCUUUUUCAAGACCUCUGCAAUCCGCCCUGGCAUGUUGUUAAUUAACUUCAGGGCCACAUCCUGACUGAUGGCAGCCCAUUCUUGCAUAAUCAAUGCUUGGAGUUUGUCAGAAUUUGUGGGGUUUUGUUUGUCUACCCGCCUCUUGAGGAUCGACCACAAGUUCUCAAUGGGAUUAAGGUCUGGGGAGUUUCCUGGCCAUGGACCCAAAAUUUCGAUGUUUUGUUCCCCGAGCCACUUAGUUAUCACUUUUGCCUUAUGGCAAGGUGCUCCAUCAUGCUGGAAAAUGCAUUGGUCGUCACCAAACUGUUCUUGGAUGGUUGGGAGAAGUUGCUCUCAGAGGAUGUGUUGGUACCAUUCUUUAUUCAUGGCUGUGUUCUUAGGCAAAAUUGUGAGUGAGCCCAAUCCCUUGGCUGAGACGCAACCCUACACAUGAAUGGUCUCAGGAUGCUUUACUGUUGGCAUGACACAGGACUGAUGGUAGCGCUCACCUUGUCUUCUCCGGACGAGGUGUUUUCUGGAUGCCCCAAACAAUCGGAAAGGGGAUUCAUCAGAGAAAAUGACUUUACCCCAGUCCUCAGCAGUCCAAUCCCUGUACCUUUUGCAGAAUAUCAGUCUGUCCCUGAUGUUUUUCCUGGAGAGAAGUGGCUUCUUUACUGCCCUUCUUGACACCAGGACAUCUUCCAAAAGUCUUUGCCUCACUGUGCGUGCAGAUGCACUCACACCUGCCUGCUGCCAUUCCUGAGCAAGCUCUGCACUUGUGGUGCCCCGAUCCCGCAGCUGAAUCAACUUUAGGAGACGGUCCUGGCGCUUGCUGGACUUUCUUGGGCGCCCUGACGCCUUCUUCACAACAAUUGAACCUCUCUCCUUGAAGUUCUUGAUGAUCCGAUAAAUUAUUGAUUUAGGUGCAAUCUUACUAGUAGCAAUAUCCUUGCCUGUGAAGCCCUUUUUGUGCAAAGCAAUGAUGACGGCACGUGUUUCCUUGCAGGUAACCAUGGUUAACAGAGGAAGAACAAUGCUUUCAAGCACCACCCUCCUUUUAAAGCUUCCAGUCCGUUAUUCUAUCUCAAUCAGCAUGACAGAGUGAUCUCCAGCCUUGUCCUCGUCAACACUCUCACCUGUGUUAAUGAGAGAAUCACUGACAUGAUGGCAGCUGGUCCUUUUGUGGCAGGGCUGAAAUGCAGUGGAAAUGUUUUUCUUUUGGGAUUAAGUUCAUUUUCAUGGCAAAGAGGGACUUUGCAAUUAAUUGCAAUUCCUCUGAUCACUCUUCAUGACAUUCUGGAGUAUAUGCGAAUUGCCAUCAUCAAAACUGAGGCAGCAGACUUUGUGAAAAUUAGUAUUUGUGUCAUUCUCAAAACUUUUGACCACGACUGUACAUGUAAUAAAGUACAUGAUACGUUCUGUGUAGCAGAUACUGUUCAUCAUUACACAGUUUCAUGUAAAGACUGAGGAGAUUUGAUGUCUUCACUAAUGUCUUCGAUGCUUUCCUCUGUCUUGUCCUAUCUGCCUCCAGAUGCCAAAAUAUUUUCAUGAAUUCAUGUCAAGAUUAAUGUACAAUUUGUAUGUAACUUGUGUAUCGCAGAUACAAUUUAUCUCAAUUUGUUUCAGUGCUCUAUGUUUCUCUCGUGUCCUGUCUGUUGACAAGUACCAACACCAAAGUUUUGCUAAGAUUAAAUAUCACUUCUGUGUGUCUCCGUUUGUUUCAGUGCUCAAUGUUUCUGAUGGUGCGCUGUGCUGUUGCAGGUACUCAAACCUCUCUGAGCGCUGUGUCUCUGGAGCAGCUGAUUCCUCCCCAGCAGAACCUGACCAACUACUACCGUUACAAGGGCUCCCUCACCACCCCUAACUGCACUGAGUCUGUGGUCUGGACCGUGUUUGAGAAGCCCAUCCCUCUCAGCAGAGACCAGGUACAGCAGCCGUUUAACCCAACGUCUUGUUGGUACAUUAGGAAACACUCUGAAAGCAGAACAGUUAUGUGGUGGAGAGCCGUGGCAUUUCAGAGCAGUUAUGUGGUGGAGAGCCGUGGCAUUCAGAACAGUUAUGUGGUGGAGAGCCGUGGCAUUCAGAACAGUUAUGUGGUGGAGAGCCGUGGCAUUCAGAACAGUUAUGUGGUGGAGAGCCGUGGCAUUCAGAACAGUUAUGUGGUGGAGAGCCGUGGCAUUCAGAACAGUUAUGUGAUGGAGAGCCGUGGCAUUCAGAACAGUUAUGUGGUGGAGAGCCGUAGCAUUCAGAAGAGUUACACUACCAUUCAAAAGUUUGGGUCACUUAGAAAUGUCCUUGUUUUUGAAAAAAUAAGCUUUUUUUUUUGUCCAUUAAAAGAACAUCAAAUUGAUCAGAAAUACAGUGUAGACAUUGUUAAUGUUGUAAAUGGCUAUUGUAGCUGGAAACGGCUGAUUUUUAAUGGAAUAUCUACAUAGGCAUACAGAGGCCCAUUAUCAGCAACCAUCAGUCCAGUGUUCCAAUGGCACGUUGUGUUUGCUAAUCCAUGUUUAUCAUUUUAAAAGGCUAAUUGAUCAUUAGAAAACCCUUUUGCAAUUAUGUUAGCACAGCUGAAAACUGUUGUGCUGAUUAAAGAAGUAAUAAAACAGGCCUUCUUGAGACUAGUUGAGUAUCUGGAGCAUCAGCAAUUGUGGGUUCAAUUACAGGCUCAAAAUGGCCAGAAACAAAUAACUUUCUUCUGAAACUCAUCAGUCUAUUCUUGUUUUGAGAAAUGAAGGCUAUUCCAUGCGAGAAAUGCCAAGAAACUGAAGAUCUCGUACAACGCUGUGUACUACUCCCUUCACAGAACAGCGCAAACUGGCUCUAACCAGAAUAGAAAGAGGAGUGGGAGGCCUCGGUGCACAACUGAGCAAGAGGACAAAUACAUUAGAGUGUCUAGUUUGAGAAACAGCUUAAUUAAAUAUUACCCACAAAACACCAGUCUCAACGUCAACAGUGAAGAGAUGACUCUGGGAUGCUGACUUUCUAGGCAGAGUUGCAUAGAAAAAGCCAUAUCUCAGACUGGCCAAUAAAAAGAAAAGAUUAAGAUGGGCAAAAUAACACAGACACUGGACAGAGGAAGAUUGGAGAAAAGUGUUAUGGACAGACUAAUCAAAGUUUGAGGUGUUCGGAUCACAAAGAAGAACAUUUGUGAGAUGCAGACCAAGUGAAAAGAUGCUGGAGGAGUGCUUGAUGCCAUCUGUCAAGCAUGGUGGAGGCAAUGUGAUGGUCUGGGGGUGCUUUGGUGGUGGUAAAGUGGGAGAUUUGUACACGGUAAAAGGGAUCUUGAAGAAGGAAGGCUAUCAUUCCAUUUUGCAACGCCAUGCCAUACCCUGUGGAUGGCGCUUGAUUGGAGCCAAUUCCCUCCUACAACAGGACAAUGACCCAAAGCACAGCUCCAAACUAUGCAAUAACUAUUUAGAGAAGAAGCAGUCAGCUGGUAUUCUGUCUAUAAUGGAGUGGCCAGCACAGUCACCAGAUCUCAACUCUAUUGAGCUGUUGUGGGAGCAGCUUGACCAUAUGAUACAUAAGAAGUGCCCAUCAAGCCAAUCAAACUUGUGGGAGGUGCUUCAGGAAGCAUGGGGUGAAAUCUCUUCAGAUUACCUCAACAAAUUGACAACUAGAAUGCCAAAGGUCUGCAAGGCUGUAAUUGCUGCAAAUGGAGGAUUCUUUGACUAAAGCAAAGUUUGAAGGACACAAUUAUUAUUUCAAUUAGAAAUCGUUAUUUCUAACCUUGUCAAUGACUACAUUUCCUAUUCAUUUUGCUAUAUUUCCUAUUCAAACUAAUUUCAUGUAUGUUUUCAUGGAAAACAAGGACAUUUCUAAGUGACCGCAAACUUUUGAACGGUAGUGUACAGUUGAAGUCGGAAGUUUACAUACACUUAGGUUGGAGUCAUUAAACCUUGUUUUUCAACCACUCCACACAUUUCUUGUUAACAAACUAUAGUUUUGGCAAGUCGGUUAGGACAUCUACUUUGUGCAUGACACAAGUAAUUUUUCCAAAAAUUGUUUCCAGACAGAUUAUUUAACUUAUAAUUCACUGUAUCACAAUUCCAGUGGGUCAGAAGUUUACAUACACUAAGUUGACUAUGCCUUUAAACAGCUUGGAAAACUCCAGAAAAUGAUUUCAUGGCUUUAGAAGCUUCUGAUAGGCUAAUUGACAUAAUUUGAGUCAAUUGGAGGUGUACCUGUGGAUGUAUUUCAAGGCCUACCUUGAAACUCAGUGCCUCUUUGCUUGACAUCAUGGGAAAAUGAAAAGAAAUCAGCCAAGAUCUCAGAAAAAAAAUUGUAGACCUCCACAAGUCUGGUUCACCCUUGGAAGCAAUUUCCAAACGCCUGAAGGUACCACAUUCAUCUGUACAAACAAUAGUACGCAAGUAUAAACUCCAUGGGACCACGCAGCCGUCAUACCGCUCAGGAAGGAGAUGCGUUCUGUCUCCUAGAGAUUAACGUACUUUGGUGCGAAAAGUGCAAAUCAAUCCCAGAACAACAGCAAAGGACCUUGUGAAGAUGCUGGAGGAAACAGGUACAAAAGUAUCUAUAUCCACAGUAAAAUGAGUCCUAUAUCGACAUAACCUGAAAGGCCGCUCAGCAAGGAAGAUGCCACUGCUCCAAAACCGCCAUAAAAAAGCCAGACUAUGUUUUGCAACUGCACAUGGGGACAAAGAUCGUACUUUUUGGAGAAAUGUCCUCAGGUCUGAUGAAACAAAAAUAGAACUGUUUGGCCAUAAUGACCAUUGUUAUGUUUGGAGGAAAAAGGGGGUUGCUUGCAAGCCGAAGAACACCAUCCCAACCGUGAAGCACGGAGGUGGAAGCAUCAUGCUGUGGGGGUGCUUUGCUGCAGGAGGGACUGGUGCACUUCACAAAAUAGAUGGCAUCAUGAGGAAGGAAAAUGAUGUGGAUAUAUUGAAGCAACAUCUCAAGACAUCAGUCAGGAAGUUAAAGCUUGGUCGCAAAUGGGUCUUCCAAAUGGACAAUGACCCCAGUCAUAUUUCCAAAGUUGUGGCAAAAUGGCUUAAGGACAACAAAGUCAAGGUAUUGGAGUGGCCAUCACAAAGCCCUGACCUCAAUCCUAUAGAGAAUUUGUGAGCAGAGCUGAAAAAGUGUGUGGGCAAAAUUCACCCAAGUUAUUGUGCGAAGCUUGUGGAAGGCUACCCGAAACGUUUGACCCAAGUUAAACAAUUUAAAGGCAAAGCUACCAAAUACUAAUUGAGUGUAUGUAAACUUCUGACCCACUGGGAAUGUGAUGAAAGAAAUAAAAGCUGAAAUAAAUCAUUCUCUCUACUAUUAUUCUGACAUUUCACAUCCUUAAAAUAAAGUGUUGAUCCUAACUGACCUACGACAGGGAAUUUUUACUAGGAUUAAAUGUCAGGAAUUGUGAAAAACUGAGUUUAAAUGUAUUUGGCCAAGGUGUAUGUAAACUUCCGAUUUCAACUGUAUGUGGUGGAGAGCCGUGGCAUUCAGAACAGUUAUGUGGUGGAGAGCCGUGGCAUUCAGAACAGUUAUGUGGUGGAGAGCCGUGGCAUUCAGAACAGUUAUGUGGUGGAGAGCCGUUUCUUUCAGAACAGUUAUGUGGUGGAGAGGCGUGGCAUUCAGGACAGUUAUGUGCUGGAGAGCCGUGGCAUUCAGAACAGUUAUGUGGUGGAGAGGCGUGGCAUUCAGAACAGUUAUGUGGUGGAGAGACGUUUCAUUCAGAACAGUUAUGUGGUGGAGAGCCGUUUCAUUCAGAACAACACUAUAUGUCUCCUACAAAAUGCUCUGUUAACACUCCUGUGAAAGACAGUCUGUCAGUCUGGCUUUGAGUAGUUGAACUAAACCUACUAGUAGAUACACUGUUCAUUUGAUUUGAUAUGAUGAUACUUAUUGUUACUGUUGGUAUCAACUGUGACUCAGUGACCUUUUGUGUGUCUCUGCGUUGGGGUUUCUGUCUUCCAGCUGCGUGUGUUUUCAGACCUCCAGUUUAAGGAUGGCAAGAACAUGGUGGGUACCUUCCGGCCGGUGCAGCCCCUGAAUGGCCGCGUGGUGUACCGUUCGGGAGGCGCAGUGGUACUGGCCAGCGCCGCGCUCCUCGUGGCUUCCGUCGCCACGGUGAUGGGACUGUCGCAGCCCAACUAGAGGAAGGGCAUUCCGAGCGAGCCACACCCACCACCAGCAUGAACACCAUGAGUUCUCAGAACCAACCACAAAAAUCAACAGACGCACUAAAACUACAGCACCAACCAACCAACAAUCACACCUUUGACAACUCUCAGCCCGAAAAUGGCCCAGGCACUUACAAUGCAUUCUAGUGAUUCAUUAGUUUCUCGAACUCUAGAGUAUUAGAGCUCUCGAAGUUCUAAAGUUCAUGAGUUAUGCCGUUCAUAAGUUCAACAUUCCCCUCUCUGUUCAGUGUCAGGUCAAUUUAGAGUCCUCAGCCUAAAGUUACCAUACAAAAUGUGAGGACCCUCUGCUCUGUGGUCGCUGCUGUAGUCUAGAUAUAGAUGCCUGUACAUCCAUGACCUGGUUGGCACUGGACUGGCAAGUGAUCAUGUUCUUGUAAUGGAACGUGUUAAUGGUGGCUAGUUGCUAUUAAUAGCUAGCGGUCAUAAAUACUCUCCAGUCUCCAGUUUAUAACCUAGGAGAGGAGAGGAGAGCAGAGAGAUGCCAUGGCCUUUCCCUCUGCAUUGCCAAGUUCCAUGAACUCCCAUUAUCGCCACCACCGUCACCAGUCAGGGUGGGCAUUCUAUGCCACCCACCAUGGGCCGGGCAACAUUAUCUGAGGGGUAAGGAGGACGGAGGUCCCCUAGCAACACCUGAAUCACCCGCCCAGGGCCCAGGGGUAACUAAAGGGCACAGGCUGACCCACGAUGAACACAACACACCAAACUGUUCUAAGUGUUAAAGUGUUUAGAGGCUGAACUGUCCCUGUCCCGACUCCCAAACCCCCCCCAGUCACACAUGAGCUCAACGAGGAGGAAGAGGAGGUGGAGGAAGAUGACGAUGCGUUGCCGGAGUGAUGAGCUUUUUCCGGCUCCCUCCAAAACUGCUCUGACAAUAGGUCAUGUGACAGGGGGCGAUUCUGAACACACAGCUUCUAGAAGCUGAAUAGGGAGUUGACACAGCAAUAUUUAAGAUAAACCAACUAAUUGAUUGAUAAAUAGAUAGAUUAAUCAAUUGAUGGAUUGAUUGAUUGACAGAUUGAUUGAUUGAUACUUAUUGGACCAAUGUCAUUAUAGUAUUAUUACCAAUUAUCCACAUCAAAUGUUUAGCAUUGAUCUGCAUGUUGUCUCUCGCUCUCUCUCUCUCUCU